GGGGCGGUCUGGGGAAGGCAGCAGAAAGGUUCCCGCGCUUUUCUCAUACAGUGGUAAAGGGUCUGUGGUGGAGGAAUAAACUUCGUUUAUUUGUGGUAUUACAGUGCAAGCCGUUCAACCUGUAUUCACCGUGGAAAAGGAAGGAAGACACUGAAUGUUGGUGGAAGGCAAGGACAGUACCUUCCAACGAAGGACUUGGUUUUGGCAUUUGGGAACCAUUACCUCAAGUGAUGCCCUUCCUUCCCUCGGAUCGUGGCGAGGAUUCAAACCCCAUGUGCCUGAGGACCCCUCGGCCCCAAAAGCACGCACAGUCCCACUGUACCACAGUGGUCCCCUCUAUUAUAUUAUAAUCUGUCAGUUUCCGUGAGUCAUGGCGGAAAAGCAGGCGGUGAUGGCUGGCAUGAAGGCCGCCGACACAGACAAGCGGCGGGAGUCAUAUAGAAAUUUAACCAAUUUGUUGGAUGAGGAUGAAGAUAGCCUGGAUUGGAGUGACUACAUGGGUGCCAGUGAUACAGAGAAGGUAUUAAAGAAUCUCAAGGUUGAUCUCACCAGCCAGAAUGAGAAGGAAGUUCUUGAUGCAUUGGGUGUCUGCGUGCAUCUCCUGGCCAGCUCUUCUUUCUUGGCAGAUAUUGAUACCAUUGGCCAGAAGAGCUUGUGUGCCACCCUCAUCAAAGUUCUGAAGACACAGAAGGAUAAGAAGAUAAUAAACUUAGUUCUUCAGACCCUUGCCAGAAGUAGACUGAAGAAGGAAGCUUAUCUUAGUGACAAGCAGGAAAACUUUGAUGUCCUCAGAGAAAUCUUGCAGUUGAAGGAUCUGCCACCCCCAGUGAUUUGUGAGGCAUUGCAGGUCAUAUUGGUGCUGUUCAAUGCUUGUCCGGACACUUCAUUUAAGCUUGGAAAAUUGUGGUUUCCAGUUACAUUCUCAAAGAUGUUUCAUACCAGUGCAAAGGUUCGCAAAAGUGCCUUGGCUGUCACUGGCGAGGUAGGGGAGAAAAUUGAUAAGAUGUCAGAUCCUUCAGUGAGGAGUGAUCUUGUUAAGACAGUGUUGCCAGACCUCAAGGACAAGUACUGUAAGGAUAUGGUUCGCAUGGUGCUUGGUGGUGACUUCAGCAUCCUUCAGGUGUGGCGAGAAACUGUGGUUCUGCUGGGCACUGUGCUGCACUCCAGUAGAAGUCUCAUUAAUUGUCUCCUGAAUGUUGUGGAGAAAGCUUUCAAGAUAUCGGAUCAUGAGGUGAGAGUCGAGUCCUUCAACUCUUGGCGCACAAUAAUUGACAAUUUUGCGCUUGAUAAAAACUCAUUAACAAAUCAAAUGAAGCUCAAGUUGCUACUCGCUCCUUUCAAAAUUAACAAUGCUAAAACUGAGGAUGUGUGUUGUGCCAAAUUGCGUGUGUGGUGGCAUCUUGUGUGUCUCUUGUCAGAUCAGAGGCAUUUGGCCACCAACUUUGACCUGGCUGUAGUGCCAUUGCUUUAUUUUUGUUUUGUUGGUAGCAUGCCAUCUGAGAGAAACAAAGGUGGACUCAGUAACAGAAACCUCAUCAUGUCUGGUGCCUUGUCCUCUCCACACCGAACUUUCACCAGCCUCCAUACCACUCAUGCAGAAGUGCUGGCGCAGAUACUAGCUACUGCCAUUGAUGCCCCCAAGUACAGGUAUUCAUUGCCAAUUGUCGGGGAGCAAGUGAUGUCCUCAGUCCUGUUCAUGCGACACUACCCUCUGCUCCUGAAAUGCUUUGAUGAAGCAGUACAGACCCUGAAGUUCAGUGAUGAACGGCAGAAAUCUCUUGGUACCCUCAUCUUCAGCUUCCUGUUGGCUCACAUCCGAGACAUCACCGCUGCAGACAUCCAGAAGAAGGAGGUGGUGGCUGUGGUGAAGGAGCUGUUCAGUACUCUGUCACACAUUGAGAGCCUUUGUCAGCCGGGGGAUUCUCGGAGCCAGUUCCUCUUCAAGUUUUUCAAUCUACUGACUGUGGGGAAUCUGGCUUUGCCCAAGAAGGUUCUCAAUUCCCAUCAGUACCACAUACCAACAUCUGGAAAUGGAGAUGCCCAGGACAUCAUGUGUGGCACUCUCAGCAACCACCUCAUUGCUCAGCUGUGCCGCCCGGCCCUCCUCCACCACUCUCUCUCUGGCAACGAGUUCAUCAGUCUGUGGAGCACUGUGCUUGAAAACAGCCAGCCAGUGACGGGGAAGUUGAGGCUGCUGCAGGCUGCCAUUCAGGAGCUGAGUGUAUCAGCCAUCCCAUUCCUCUGCCCUGACCAUCCCUUUAUUCUGUACCACCUGUGGAAUGUGGUGCUCAAACAGACAGCUACACACAUUACCAAGAUUAAUGCCAGUGAAGGUGAGGACAGUGAGCCAGAUUGGAACAGUGUGUACAGUGUUCUUCACUUCCCUGUUGUCCACGCCACAGAAGCCUUCACCUGUGCCCCUUUCACCAUACAUCAGCAAAUCAUGGAAGUGUGGGAGAAUCUGUGGAGCAAGUUUGCACUCAUCACCUCAGCCACACCCACCAUGGAGCCCAACAGUGAGGUGGAGCAUGUGGCCUCCACCCUGCUCUCCCUGUGCCAGGAAAAGACUUCAGAUGUUGCUGAUGUCCAUAUCGCUUUUUAUGUCAUGACUGUGGAAUUCCUGGUUCGGCUGACGACAACCUUCCAGUAUGCCAAGCUGGGCAAACCUGCAGAGCAGUUAUCUCCCAGCCCAACAAAGACCAAGAAGAAGCCUCAUCCUCUUCACAACCUGGGUUCCUCCUUGGAGCUGAUCACAGAAGUGUUCGAGAGAGCUUGCUAUAUGGUGUCCAGCAGACGGAUGUACAUGGCUGAGAAGCUGUUCCAGGUGGUCCUCACCAUGUUGAAGGGGAUUCAGCUUGCCCCUAUGAAAUAUAUCCGGGAAUUUAUAAUCCACAUUGUGAAAAUUAUUACAAAAUGUGUGAGAGUUAAUCCUGCUGUUGUGUUUGACUUUAAAGCUGAGAAGAAGUGCAUCAGCAUACUGAAGUCUUUCUCUGGACUCAUCAGGGUUUACAUCACACACAAGGAAGCCACAGAAUCAGUGCUGCAAGGCCUAAAUGCUCUUGAGCCUCUGUUUUCUGCAGCCUUUGUGUCCACCAACAAAAAGGUAAAGCAAGAAGUUCAGAAGGUAAUAGAGAACAUUAUUGGCUCUAUUAGUGAUGCUUCCUUAGGUGUCCCUCCAUUCCUCCUUCAAGUACAAAAAAAGUGGGGCAUCUCGGCACCCCAGACAGCCGGUGUGGAGGAUGUCACGAAUGAGUCCAUGGAAGAUUUCAUCGAGGGAACACCUAAAGAAAAAAGAACAGCCAAGUCUCUGUCAAGCCUCAGCAGCAAGGUCUCCUCCCCAAGAAGAGCAACUCCUGUCUCAACAAGGAAGCAGAAAACAGAGCAGUCCAACAAAAAGGAUGACAAGCGUGCAUUGGCAGCAUCCACACCUCCCACCAGGUACUCAGUGAGGGUGAGGAAGAUUGAGCUCAGCAUGGAGAAGAACUCAGAUGCUGCUUCUGUUCACUCCAGCACUCCUGCCACUCCAGACAGUUCCUCGAGCAGAUCGUCUUCUGGUAUGUCUGGUGAGGAUGCCGUGACAAGAGUCAUAAGAACCUGUCGAAAUGCACCAUCGCCACAGAGCAGAGAAGCAAGACACGCCUCUGCACACUCAUCAUCAGAAUCUGAGGAAAAAGAACAUGAUAAAGCAGCCACAAGGCAGCCAACAAGCAGCAGUGACCCAAUAGUCAUAUCAAGCACAGACUCAGACAAGAUGGCAAAGGAUGACACAGGCUCAGAGUGCAAAGAACAGAACAAUUCUUUGAACCACUCUAAAGAAAACAAUGAAGAUGCUGAUUGUAGUGAGGUGCUUUGGAAGUUUGAGGACACACCAAUUCCUCUCGGUUGGACACAGGAUAAGGGAAGCAAAAGGGGAGAGAACAAGAAACAGAAUGCAUCUAAAGAGAAGUUGGAAAAAAGAAAUGAAGAUCUGUGUGCUGUACUACAUGACACUUCACUCGAGGUACAGAAAUUGCUUGAUGACAGGUGUCUUGAUGAAGAUGUUGAGGAGCCCACCACUCAUAAGACUAAACAUGAACAGUCUUCCUCUUGCUGGAAAUCACCCAAGACAGCUGAAUUCACAAAGGAAACAAAAGUGAUUCGCAGUUCUGCCAGAAAGAAGAGAAUUAACUUUAUGGCAGUGAAUGUGUCCCCAAGUGUUGUCAAGGAUAUAAAGCUAGCAGAGCAGAAGCCCAAGGUGAAGAUCACAAAUGACAUCAAGGAACCCUCACAGAGCAUAGUGGUGUUAAGUGACUCAGAUGAAGAUCUGGAUUGUGGACUCCCAGAUGUGAAUAAGCCCAUAUUAGAGAAGAAAGAGAAGAAUACUUCAGACAAAAAGCAACUGAAGGAAAUGUUGCCCUGCAAACUCACAACAGAGGAGCAGGUGAAGAACAUUGUGCCUGAGAGCUCUUCAUCAGGAGUGAAAAGGAAACGAAAGCUGUUUAAUGGACAAGAAACUGUUGAAAUAUCUGCCAAGAAGAGAAAAACUGAAGACACAACCCAGAGCCUCAGCAGCAGCUUUGAGGAUUCCAUAACUGAAAUAGGAUGUAGUAAUUCUGAAGGUAUUCUGAGUAAAAUUAUGAAGGAAGCAUCAAAACCCUUGAGGAAAACCAGAUCUCACUCUGGCCAGACUGAUAAUGAAAAAGAGGAAAGCAAAACCAAGUCAGCAUUUUCCCCCAAGGUCACACGGUCAGGACGCAAGAUUGUGCCCCCAAACAAGGACAUGCCAGAACCCAUGACUCCACCCAAGAAAGCCAAGAAGAAGCUGCACCAGGAAGCCAAUCCCUCACGAGCAGAGGAAACGGCAAGGUCCAGCAGUGGCCUUGAGAACGCUGCUGCCUGCCUUGAAGGCAUUGAGUCUCCAUCAACAGAAGAGGAGUCUGGUCCUGAAAGUGAGAUGGAAGUAGACCAUCCAUCAGGUGACAAAGUGGAUGUUCCAGAGAAUGAACCAAAGAAGUGUGAAGAGAUUGAUAAUGAGACUAAAGAAUCUGAGUUUGACUUUGAUAUGUCUGUUACUAUCAUUGGAAGUUGUGAUGCCUCCACAGAAAAAAACUCAUCUUCAAAAUCAAAGGUGGAGGAAACAGAGAACCUCAAGAUUCCAUUAUCAGAGAUCCAGAAAGACAGUAUUGAGGAAGUGGAUAAGAGUUUGGAUAUUAGUGACACAGUUGAUUGUUGUGUUGAGGACAAGGAAAGUUCUUGUGUUCUUGUUGAAGAGGCACACAUCAAAGAGAAUGUAGGGAACAGCUCAGAGAAGACCAAAUCAAAAUCAGCUGAAGUACCACCAGAAGAAGAACAACAGGCACAGGAAACAUUGGAGAAGGAAAAAGGUGUGGAUCUAUACGAGGAUUUAAGUGAUGGCCAGAAAACCUCAGAGGAAUCGACCCCAAUGGAGUGUGGCCAAGACCUUGAAGGGGAGGUGAGUUACCCAGCAGCCCGGCCAGGAGCUGAGAUCCUCGACGACAGUGUGUCUCCCGAGGGUGGGGAUCAGCAUGAGGACACUAGUGCACCAGGACAAGUCACUGAGGAGAAAAAUGACAUCAAGCAGAUAUGUGUAGAACAAGACAGACUAAUAGAAGACAGAGACACGCCAUUCUCUCUAGAUGAAUUAAGUGAGGACGAAGAUGAAGAUGACAGUAGAGAGGAUGAAGAGGACAAAUCUUCAUGCGGAGAGGAUGUCCAUGAAACAAGCUAUAGUCCAACCUCUCCAGAACCUGAAAUUGAGGAUGAAGAAGAGGAAGAAGAAUAUAUUAGUGCUGGCCAGGGAGAGAAGGCAGAGGAGGAUGAACAAGGAGAGGAAAAGGCAGAGACUACAGUGUCUGAUGUUGACAAGAUGCAGCAAGAAGCAUCAAGUGAUGAAGUGCAAGAGUCAGAGAAUGUUGUAAAUCAAGAACAGGAAAACUUAGAAAGAACAAACUGUGAAAGUGACAAAGUGGAACCAGAAUUAGGUGUUAAAGAGGGAACAAGACUUUCCUUAUCUGAGGAAAUUGUCAUUACAACCAGUACAGUUACCAAAGAGUCAGAAAUAGAAAAAAUGGACACAUCUACUGAUGAAGGUGAGGAAAACCAGGGAGGAGACAGUGCCUCUAGUGAGGAGGUGAAGGUUACUGAUGACACAAAUGUAGAAGCAUCAGAGGAUGUGAUGGAUGUCGAGGAUGACAGUGGAGUGUCUGUUAAUGUGCAGGAAGAAUUAUCUGAGGCACACAACAAAAAGUCUAAACAAGUACUUGGUGAAGCACAGACUGAGCUGCAGGAGGAUUUAGUGAGUGUCUCAAGAAAUGUGGAAGACAGCAAAGAGUUUGAGGAAGCAUCAUUUACAACAAAGGACUCUGAUGAAAUUCACAAGGUGACUGAAUCUGAUGUGUCCAAUGGUGCCAUGAGUAAAGAAGAAAAAGAGUCCGAACAGACCACAUCCAAUAAAAAACAGUUGCUGUCUGAAGAUAAUGAAAUAAAAGAGGUAAUAAUCAGUGAGAAUGAGUCUUCAGAUUCCUUAAGGAAGGAAAAUGAAGUUAAUGUGACUUCAGAUGUUACUGAUGAGGUUGAGAAGAUAGUCUUCAGCCCAAAAGUGCUUAGGAGCUGUAAAGCAAAGGUUGAUGCUGAUAAGACAGUCUUCAGUCCAAGCAGAAGUGUUGAGGCUGCAGUAGUUGAUUCUAAAGGGACUCUUGAUAGUGUUGAGGAAGUCUCCAGCCCAAACAAGACCAUUGUUGUUGAUGAGAUAGACCCUGUUAUAGUAAAAGAGGUUCAGGUGAAUCAAACAGUCUCUAGUCCAACCAAAGGUGAAGCAGUCUCCAGUCCAAGAAAGACAGUUCACACAAAAGAGAUAAUGAACAGUCCACUGAACUCUGAGCAUGACAGAGAGACAGUGUCUAGUCCACCACAGCCUCUUACAACUACAGAAGCAGCAGCAUCCAUCCCAGAGACAACAAAGGGCAAAUCCCAGGAGGCCAGCAGUGAUACAGGAAAGCAUGAGGUGGAGAAGGAAGCAGACUGCAAGGCCCCCACAGAGAGCACAGCAGACACAGAAGCAGAGGUCACACUUGCCGCCCUCGUGCCCAGUGAAGCUUUGGAGGAGCUGGUCACCAACACCAGACAGCAGGAGGAGGAACUUUCCCCUGACAAAUCAUCUCGGUCGAGGCUGAAUCUUACUGUGAGCACACCGGAGAGGAUGAAGCAGCGUGGUGCCCUCAUGCAUGCCGGGUCCCGGGCUGCCCUGCUGGUAGCCUGUGCAAAGAAGAAUAUCAAGAACAGAGGAGGUGGAGAGGGUGAGUCUCCUGCCAGUGUACUAACAGAGGGAGGACGAUCAAGGUCUCUGGGCCUGUCCCCCAUCAGGAGGAGCGUCCCCGGCAGACCCUCUCCAGGACACUCUCCAGAUGGCCGCAGGAGGAGCCUUCUUGACAGACCGUGGGUGAAGCACUCCCCCUCCCCCGGUGCCUCACCCUCCCCCAGCAUCCUGAAGAGAACACUCCUCAGCGACGGCUUAGAUGGGGACACAUCGUCACCUCCGCCCACAAAGUAUCGGCGGGUGAGCUUUGCCGACCCUCCCGUCUCAGACCGGGUGGAGAUCCCUCCCUCACCACGCACCCUGAAGGGGAUCCGGGCACAGAAGAGGCUGGACAUGACUCGCAUGGCCUCUGAAGUGAAAGACUCUGAUGCCCAGCUGGGGGAGAAGCAUGUGACCCAGGAGGCAGACCCUGAAGUGGUGGACCUGUCCCCGGCCCUGCACACCUGCCAGGACAGUGUGGACCAGGUGGCUGCACUGCUCACCUCAACCUCCAUGUUGCCAGGUCUCCUCAGCAGCCUGGAGAACAUGGGGGUGACCACAGUGGGACAGUUGUGCAAGCUGAGUGAGUGGGACAUCAGUUCACUCCCCAUCAAGCCCCCCAAGGCCACCAACCUCCGCAGGGUGCUCAAGGAAUAUGAAAAGACGUGGUUAAGGGAGAUCUCAUCCACCAACUCAGCAGCAGCAGAUCAGGUUGAGGUGAGCCUGGCGAAGAUGUUUGGUGAGCUGGAUGACAAGGAGAACCUGAGGCCAAACCACCAGGAGUGUGCUGCACCAGAGGUCACCAAGGCAGAGGCUGAGGUCAAGGAAAGUGUGGCUAGUGCAGGGAGAAGUUCUCAUGCCGACAACAUACAGGAAAUUAUGGAAAUGGAGGAUAUCACACCUCUCUAUUCCUCCCCAGAAGAAACAGAAGAGGAGACUCUGAAGAACUUGUACAGGAGAGCAAGUGAUGAUGAUUUGGAUGCCCAGAAGAAGCUGCUGGACCACCUCUUGCAGACACUUCCCUCGACUGACGUGGCGGAGGCCAUCGCCCGGUGCAUCAAGGCCCGCAUGGCAGACAUCACUCCCACUACAUGAUUCUCGGCCCUCAUCCCAGAAUGAUGUCACCAUUCCAGUGCUUUUAUGAUUGUUAAUGUAAAUAUUGAAGUACAAAGCUUUAAGUGAGCUGGACUCAUGUGCCUUUGCAAGAAAAUGAAGUGACAAAUUUUUCCUGUGAUUAGAAAUGAGGAAAUGAAGUAGAUAUUGUUGAAGAUGAUCAUGAACUUCUCUUGUGUGCCUUUGCAAUAAAAUGGUGAAAUGCUGGAAAGUUUUAUUAAUUAGGAACAAAGUUUACUGAAGAGCUGAGUGAAUGUGAAAGAAAUAGGCAAAGACGCAAGAGAAAAGCCAUGAUGAAAUUGAUCCGAGGAGCAAUGCAAACUAGAACUGAAUUAUGGAUACAAAAAUUAUGGCAUUUAUAGGAAUGAAGUGAAGGUUCUACUGGCAUAAAAAUAAAUCUUGUAAAAUGGAAGGAUAAUGGUGAAGUUUUGAGAAAUUAGGGAAGAUGGAAUUUGGUAUAAAAGGAAAAGAUGAAGAGUUGGACCUUCUGAGAAAUUAAGGAAGGUGAAAAGAAUAGAGGAGACUUGAGUGUAUAAGAAUGAGGUACAGGAGCUGGUAUAAGUGUGGAUUUCUUUGGUCACAAGCACAAGGAAGCUCCAAGGAAUACGCACCAAAAUAAAUGAAAAAUAGAAUUAAGAGGGCAAAAUAUGAAGCAAGUUGGAGAAAUGGAAAGUGGUUAUGGUAUGCAAGACAAGUGAAUGACAGGUGCAGGUGUGAAGUGAUCGGUGUGUGAGAGAUGUAAAUGAAAGAUGCAGAAAUGAAGAGAAGUGAAAAUUAAAGUGAAAUGACUAAUGUGACAGAAGUGAAUGAAAUAUGUGCUGAAAUGAAAUCAAGGCUGAGUGAAUUAUUUAAGAGGAAGUGAAAUGAAGGUAAAAGUAAUGGUAUGUGAGAGACAAAAUGAAGGAAGUAAAGUAAACAAAGACAUGAUAAACACAAGUCAGGAUGCUGCCUUGUCCAUGAACCAAGUGUGCCCAAGUGCCCCUGAAUACUCAUUCCACGAAGCUGUACAAACAAAGGGAGGACAGCUGUGUUGAGGUCCCUGGCUGUGAGUGCUGUGCUGUGCUGUGCUUAGAUGAGGUGCAGCAUUCAACCCUGAAGUCACAAACUUCUUCCCUCCAUGCCUUGCCCGUGAUGUCCCGCAGGCUGGCAGUGUCCCUUCGGUGGUGUCCUGGUGUCACUCUUGGCACCCUUUGCCCAGUGACUUAUGGAUUUGAUGGUGUUGAAUACUUUGUGUUGCAUUUAUUCUUUCUGAAGCUUAUGACUCUUAGGAAAAACAAAUUGACUUGAUAUGUUUAUCAUAUAAAAAAUUAAUCUCACAAUGUCAUUGAAUACUUUUUAUUUUGUAUACCAAUUUUUUUGGAAAAGCAUUUGGAUUGAGCCAUGAUUGCACAAAGUAUACAUUGUUAAGAUGACUACCUAUGCAUAUCAUAUUGACAUAGAUCAAAUUCCUUGAAUAAAAAGUAAAUCCUACAUUAAGGCUUGUUGAUUUUGUACUGUAGUGCAAGGGUUUGCUUUGAAUAAACUUGUUUCCUUAUAGGUAGGAUGUGUAUUUUACAGUAAAGAUUUUUACAGAUAACA